UUGGUCUAUCCGAAAAAAAAUCCGAGGGCAUCAUCUAAUCGAGGUUUCGCGCUAAAAUCAACAGCGAAAAUGGUGGUUCAAUAUGGCUGACUGAAAGAGUUUGACUUUCGUAUUAUCUCUAGAAUGACGAAGGCAAACUAAUUUUGAAGAUGUCAAGAAGAGUUUCGAGCAGAAAGAAAGUAAACUACAGUCGGUACAUGGAAGAUGCAGACAAUUUUGGAAGUGAUGAUGACUUUCAAGAUUCCCCAAAUCCUCCACAAUCAAAAAAGACAAAAUCAAACGAAAAUAGAAACAAGGGAAAGGACAAAAAGACUAAAGAGAAAAAACAGACAUCAAUUUUGAGUAAAGACUGCCAAGCAAUUUCUAGUAAUAGUAGAAAGUCUAGAGAUGAAAAGAUAUUUGAGAAAGAAUUGCAAGCAGCAUUGGAGUUAUCAAAAAAAGAUUCACCUGAAGUCAUUGUCAUUGAAAAAGGGGAUUCAAGUUCAGAAAAUGUGGAAGUGAAGACAGAAGAAAAAAGGAUAGAGGAACAAUCCAAGAAUGAAGUUGUCAGUGAACCUAAAGAAGUUGCUGGUGAUGAGCUUGAUGGCAGUGAAGAAUACGAGUUAAGUGAUGAUUCUGAAGAUGAUGAGGAAGAUGGUUAUGAAGAACAUGACAAUGACGAUGAUGAUGAUGAGUUUGUUAUGGAGAGGAAGAAAGUAGUUAAAAAGGAUAAAGGUGAUGGAAUGAAAUCUACUGAGAAAGAAAGUGAUAAAUGUUUGCCACCAAGAAAGAAUCAGAAAGAGAAAGAAUCUAAAAAAGCCAAACCAGCCAACAAAACUUUAACCAAGCUCUCUAAUGCAACCAGUGUCACAAAUACCAGUGCAAAUACUCCGCCAUUGAGAAGUUCAACAAUACAGACCAGAGUUGCACCAAGAGUAGGAUUGAAAUCUCCAGCAGUUAUUAUGAAAAAUGCCAUCACUCAACCACCAUCCCCUGGAAAUUCCCCAAUGCAUAGCCUACAGAAUCGAAGCAAGUAUGGAAAUGCUAGCCCAGCUGUUGGUGGGAUCAUGAACGAUAGUUCUCGACCAAGUGGUCUGCGAUUGGGGUUAUCACGGAAUGUUCGUGUAGCCAAACCUUUGCAUUCGAAUAUAGCAAUCAAAUAGUUGGCAUUGGAAUCAGGGCCUUGGUCCCUAUCAUGUAGAAAUCGGCGUGACGCAGUAACUUAUUUGCUAGCAGAGAGCUUUGCCAAGAGACAAUUCUGUGGCCCAAAUUAUUAUAUUUAUAAUAUUAUUGCCUAAUAUACUGAAGGAUUGUACUAAUGUAAUAUUUUAUUCGUACCGUGUAAAUCCUCAAAAAUGCUCCUAAUGAACGUUUGUGCCUAAGGAAAUUUAGGAAAAUUUUUGCAUGGGGGAUGCUUAAUGGGGCUUUUAAUUGAGGAUUUGCAGUAUUCAAUCAGUGUAUAAAAUGUUUACGCCCUUUUUUCUUUUUCUUGUAAAUGCAGAAUAAGCCGGCAGAUAAGCCUGAAAAUGUAGGAUGAAACUCACCAACUCCAUUGCUAAUUUGCCUUUGCCUAAAAAAAAGAUUAUUUUGAUUUUAGCAUUUGUUUCGUGCCCAAUCCCUUUUAGCCGUUAAUUGUUUCUUGGGUCAUGAUACUGGACUUUCUUCAAAUAUUCAUGGCUUGUGAUUUAUAAAUAUUGACGAAAAAAAUGUAUAAAAAGGAACAAAUUGAA